AUGGGUGACUCAAACGAUUUUGGUCCGACAACGCCAAAGAAAGCCCGUCUAAAUGGUACAAGUAAGUUUUCCUUUCUCUUUGUUAUUUCAUUUCAAGGUAAUAAAUAUGUUAUUACUGACACGGACGUGAACCUCGGCAUUCCACAGAGAUGGGCAUUCUGUCCACCAAUGGGAAAGGUAGUUUUUUUCUUUUCAGUAAACAUCGGGUAUAAUUUGAAGAAUUUUCACUUUCUCUAUUUUAGGAAAUUAGAGGAUUUCUCCCAACAAAGACUCCUUUGGACAAGAAAUAUGAUCACUUGAUUGACAUCGCUCAGUUCUUUCAUCCCGAUGACAUUUUGGAGAAGGGGCCCGAAUUGUGUGGAAAACCCGACAACAAGAUUGGACUGUGGAUAAAUCUGACUAAAACUAAGAGGUACUACAAUCCGGCGGAGGUAAGUAAAAAUUAAAUUUAAAAAUUUCGUUUAUUUUUAGGUUGAGGAUAAGGGAAUAAAAUAUAUCUGGCUUCCGUUGACUGGCCAUGGUCAAUCUCCAACUCCAGAAGAAACGGAAAGAUUUAUCAACAUUGUUAAGAAGUUCAGAGAUGUAGGGAUACGUUUGAUAAAUCAUUUGUUUAGACGAAUGAGGAUGAUUUGAUUGUUAUCCACUGUACCCACGGAUUUAAUCGUACUGGAUUUCUGAUAUGUGCUUAUCUUGUUGAUGAGUGUGGAGAUGAUAUAGCUAUAGCCGUGCAAGAGUUUGCAAAGGCAAGACCUGAUGGAAUCUACAAGAAUGAUUAUCUAAGGGACCUCGCUGACAGAUACGGUGGCGGUGAUGAAUUAAUUGGGCCAGGUAGACCUCUAUGGGAAGAUGAGAGUAAAAUGGUCGAGGAAAAGAGUGCCUCGGGACAGCUGAAUUGUGCAAAUGGCAAGGGUAGGGCAUCAUUUAGAGCGUUUAGAUAUUUUUUAGGGAAAGGGAAGAAGCAAUUUAUGGAUGGGCAAGUUCCAUCUGUUACUUAUGUGGAAGAUCCCGAGCUAAGAAUGCAAAUAAUUAAAACUGUUAGAGAAUUGUGUCACUGGAAACGAAAGGAAUUCCCUGGAUCUCAACCUGUCUCGUUGGAACAUUCACCUCAACUGAAUAAUCUUCAAUUCUUAGCUCAAGCGAGAUAUAUGGUCUCUUGGAAGGCGGAUGGAGUCAGAUACUUGGUCUAUAUAAAGGACGAUCACGAAGUUUAUGCUCUAGAUCGUGAUGAGAAUGUCUUCUUGAUUAGUGACAUGGGAUUCGUGAAUUAUAAGACCAAUGCUCCUCUAAAGAACUGCCUUGUGGAUGCCGAGAUGGUGAUAGAUAAAGUGAACGAAGGGCUCGUCCAAAGGAUAUUUCCGAGGCUUCUAGUCUACGAUCUUAUAUAUUAUGAGGUAAAAUAACAUUUAAAAUUAUUCCGACCUCAAGGCGUUCACAUCACAAACUAUGUUUUAGGAAAAGGAUAUUGGUCAGCUGAGGUUUAAGGACCGUUUCCAGAUGAUCGAAGAAUAUCUGAUCAAACCGAAGAAAAAAGCAUUUGAAACAGGCGUCUUAAAUCGAGCAGAUGAAUCCAUUGGCAUUCGUCGGAAAGACUUCUUCUUCGUCUUUUACACUUAUAAACUAUUGGAACCCAAAUUCCAAAGUGGAAUGUCUCAUGAAGUGGAUGGUCUCAUCUUCCAACCUUAUGAUGAAGUAAGUUCUCAUAGAACACUUAUUUAUUGUAUAGCCUUAUGUCCCUGGUCGAUUUGAUAAAUUGCUCAAAUGGAAACCUCCCCAUCAACAGACAAUCGACUUCAGACUUCAGAUCAGAAGGAAUCCAGUAGGGGCCAAUAAUCUGGGAGAGACACAAGCUGUUCUUCUAGUACAAGAUCGUGGGAAUUUGGUAGAGUUUGCGAGAACAAGACCGCUCAAGAAAUUAGUCCAAUACGAUAAUAAGAUCAUUGAAUGCAAUUUUGUGGUAUGUCUUUUGAUAGUUAGUCUCCGGUUUUAAGUUCACAAUCUUUACAUCUUUUUUUAUUACAGCGAGACAGUGCAACGCCCCAUGGAGAAUGGAGGAUUGAGCGAGAGCGAACAGACAAGUCAUUCCCCAACGCAUUCACAACGGCAUCUUCUGUUUGGAACUGUAUUUUAUAUCCAGUAACCAAAGAAAAACUUUUGAAUUUCAUUGCACAAAACUGUAGAGAUCAUCAACAACCUCAGAAUGGGAAGCCUCCACCAUAA